AUUUCGGCAGCUAGCAUCCGCAUCAUCUCGACACUUCGGCAUCAUGGCGCACGUCAACGGCAACGCCCCUAAAAUCACACUGUACACAAACCACCGCUGUCCUUAUGCUCAUCGUGCGCACAUUGUUGUGAAGGAGCUAGGGUUGCCAUAUGAUGAGGUUAUUAUUGAUCUGGACAAGCCAAGAGAGCAGUGGUACCUGGACAUCAAUCCUCGCGGCCUUGUCCCUACCAUAAAGUUCAAUGAUGAAAUCAUCACCGAGUCCAGCAUUGUUGCAACCUUCCUAGCUGAUGCCUAUCCUUCACACGUCCUUCCCGCAUCAGGUUCUCCAGAAACUGCUUUGGCUCGCGCUAGAAUUAACUUCUUUAUCGAUACGUGGAACACCAAGGCUGGCAGUUACUUGUUCAAGAUAAUGAUGCUGGAUUCGGAUGAAGAGAAGGCGAAACUCAGCAACGAAUUCAUAGACGUCGUAGGCAAAGAGAUUGACCCUCUCCUGAAAGACGCAAAACCCUUCUUCGGUGGGAGUGAAAAGCCCACGCUGGCCGAGGCUAUAACCGCGCCGUUCAUCAUUCGAAUCUAUAGCUUGUCAAGACAUGGUGCACUUCCGCAGGCCAUUGCAUCAGGCUUUGACAAAUUACCCAACUUUUCCAAAUGGGCCGCGGAGACGAUCAAACAGGAGAGCGUGACAUAUAUCUACGAUGAAGAAGAUGUUGUCAAGAGUUUCGUAGCGAAGAUUAAUAGCCUCAAGGCAAAGGCAGCGAAGUGAGACCAUAUCACGUCAAGUCGGCGAGCUAUGCAAUGACCAUGACAAGGCUAUAAUACAAAGAUUCUUGGAGAA